AUGCCAACCGAACGUGCCGAAGAUCUGGCAAGAAAGCUGUCGGAUCUGGUAGCCGAAGCCAGACUAGAAACCAGCUUUCUUGAUAGCAGCACACAGCACAUCUACCACAAUGGCGCCGGCGGGCAGUCAGUGCCGACGCGACGGGUCGAAAAUUGGAAUCUGGAUGCGAAACGGCCCAUCCUAGGCAGUGGUAGCUUUGGCACCGUCAGGCUUGAGAGAUGUCAGCAGUCAAGUUCCAGGAUGAGAGCCGUCAAGGAGAUCAAGAAGCAUGAUCAACAACAGAGAGUGAUGGACUAUUUGCGAGAGCUAGAAGCUAUAGUCCAAUUUUCCCGGCCCCAAUACUCGCAUUGCUUCGUCCAAUCGCAUGGUUGGUUUGAGAACGACUCCUCGAUAUUCAUCGCCAUGGAAUACCACCAGUGGGGUGAUCUCAGCCGCCAUCUUUAUUCGCCGCUUCCUGAAGACGAAGUCCGCCAGAUCAUCUCACAGGUCGUGGAGGGUAUUGUCUAUAUGCAUGAGAAAGGAUUCAUACACAGAGACCUGAAACCAAGCAACAUCAUGGUGAUCUCAAAUGGACCUUACUGGUCCGUAAAGAUAGCAGACUUUGGUAUCAGCAAACAAAGAUUCCUCCAGGAGUUUCUCAAUACGGUUGGUGUCGGGACGAUUGGCUAUGCAGCGCCUGAGCAGAUAGGCCUGAGUAGUAACGACGCUGCUAUGAAUGAGGAUAACUCAAAACCAAGUUUCCCUGCCGAUAUGUGGUCAAUAGGCAUAUUGAGCAUGAAACUAUUCACGGGGCAAGUACCAUUCAAAGAUCUAACAACCCUUUCGCAAUACUUGUCCUCCAGCCAAGAAGCUCGCGCCCUCAAACUAGAAUCGCCAUUGAAACAGAAAGGUGUCAGCAAAACCAGUCAGAAGUUCAUCGUUGAUUUAUUACAAGUCGAGCCUGACAAAAGAAUGGGUGCAUACCAAGCCAGUCUCCAUGAAUGGUUGGCCAAGGCCGGGGAGGUAUCAAAUGAUGUGCCCAACGAUGGAUCGAAUGAUUUAUCCCUGCUGGGCGCAGAUCUUCAAAAUGAUUGGCUUCGAGCCAGUCAAACCUUUGCAACCGAUACAGACGCACCAUCUGCAAGCUGGGGUCCUACAACCCAGAAUUCAAGCUUCUUAUCACCUCUGACAGCGCAGGUUCCUCUGGUUAAAGAACCAGCUUCCGGCACAACUAUUUCCACGUCAAAGGAAAGAGCAACAACAACAGACAUUCGACGGACAAACUCCACCCUCGGAUCUGAUCUGAGAAAGAACCGGUCAGGUGUUUCAACUAGGUCAUUAAACGAGAAUCAACCAACAGACUCCUCGUCAGAUCUACUGUUCCUUUUGCGUCAACCGACUAAGCUGUCACAUCAGGACCAGAUCACACUCAUACGCGACAGCAUCGAAUUCAGUGUCAUGACACCUUCGUUGAUCGGAGUUAUCAGUAAAUUCUGUUCCGAAUCAAAAGAUUUGAAGCUUGAAAUGAUGGCAAGCAGCCUUGAGGUCAUCCAAGAUCUAGUGAGGAGGGGUGAGGAUGACCAAGCUGUCCCCCUAGUUCGACUAAUGCUCGACAACAUGGAUUCGCUCUCUGAUCCAUCCCAUCUGAAGGUGGUUCGUUUGACUGCUGCUGUAGUGAUCGUGAAUAGCCCUGGGUUCAGCACAGAAGCUCAGAAAUAUACUUCACGGGACGCGGAGCUGAAAGCAACUGUCGCUGUCGAGCUAUCAAAGAAGAUUGACUGGUUAUUGAAGAAGCAAAUGUUUGAGGAUGCCAUCAAAAUCCUCGAACAAGAAAAGCUAGAUCCGCUAGUUCCGGUCGCGGCAACAGAAGAAGGACAGAAAAACCACAUUGAUCUCAGCCCACGACUACGGCUGGCAAAAGCAUACAUGGGUCAGAGAAGGUUCAAAGAUGCCAUCAGGACCCUGGAGCAUGCGAUCACGCACCCAAACGCCGACCAGAAGCAGGUUCCAUUUGUUCACAAGUCACUCGCGGAGGCAUACUCUAAGAUCAGCUUCUGGACAUCAGCCAAAAGUCACGCAUUGGAGUCCGUCACAAUGCUCCAAACCACUCUUGGUGACGAUGACAGACAUACACUGGCCGCCAUAAAGCUUGUUUAUGACAUCUGCAAAGCGACAAAGGACAAAGAAGAGAGUCACUGGGCGGGUUUAUGGAUGAAAUUGGCCGGCAACCAUGUCAUGCGGAUACAAGAGGAAACAACACCACCGGAGAACUCCUCCAUUACUGCGAGGGGCUUCUUUGAGUGUCAGCAGGCUAUGAUUGAGCUGGCAGCCGCUGAUCCUGAGAAGGCAGCUAUGUUAGGUGUUCGCUACCUCGAAGACAACUAUGUCACCGAGGAGGCAAUUUGCUUCGAUUGCAUCAAAAAUCACCUCAUUAAAGGCGCCUGUCUCUUCAGUGCUGCUGCAACAAAAUCCGUUUGCAAAGCACACAACUCCGAAUACCGCAAUUUCUCCGUCGUCCAUUUCCUAGCAAUAUCACGUCCCCGGGUCGAAGAGAAUGGCGAAGGAUGUCUUCAAGAAAUGCGAGCUCUCCUAAACUUCGCAUAUCACGACCCAGCUGUUGUCAAUGCAUUGGCAGAGUACAAACCCGCCGGCCUACAAUCAUCCUCAGAUCCCAUAUCUGCAUCCCCGUUGUGGCUGGCUGCCUUCAAAGGAAAGUCCCAGAUUGUUGAACAUAUUCUCGCUCUUGACUCCUCAGAUGCGUCGGCCGGUGCGCGCAGCCUUUGCUCCCUUCCAUGGUUGAUGAGAAAAGGUUACGUUUCCGUGGAGGUCGUAGACUCAACAAUCGUCAAAGCAGUCCGUGCUCUGAGUGCGAUGACUAUCUCGUCACUCCUUCGGGAUCCAUUCUUUCAACAACACUGUAGUUGGGCGUGGUGCUUCUCCGGCCAUGAUCUUCUGGAGCUCGUGCUGCAGAAGUGUGGAAAAGACCCUGGAGAUCUGUUGGUGAGAGCAUGUAAACCGGACAGCAAGAGGUCCCGUGAAACUCGGAUGAAGCCAAUAGCGAUCGCCCUAGCAGAUAUCGAUAUAUCUUCGGGGAGUGUGCCGAUUGACAGAGCAGCUGCGCUCGUCACAAUUUCAAGUUAUCAAGGAGAUGGCAGCUCCCAAGACAGCCUAGACGGGCAAUCAAGCAGGGGGACUUUCAAACAUCGAAUUAUUCCGUCUCAAGAGCCACGAUCCGCCCUGGAUCACCUUGCCAUACGGCUGAGCGAAGCCCUGACCUGCAUAUCCCCACCACGCUGGAUACCGGAGGAUCUUGCCCUUGAGGAGAAACGCAUCCAUGAGCUUCGCCGCGAGAUCAGGGUAUCAACAAGAAUGGCGCAUUGGAUUCUCGAUAGACGGGGCUCGGUCGAUAAGAGUAGCCAGCACUUUUGGAGCGAAGUCGAGAUCCGCUUCAAUUACCUCGAGACAGGAAGCUUCCGUCGGAACUUAGCAAUCGGCAUGUCCGCCGACGAUCGGCGAGCCCGGCGAACUUUGGAUCUUGAGACGUCCCAUAUGCUAAUGAAAUGCUUACAGCCUGUGUUGGAUAAGAUAAUAUGA